CGCUGACAGCAAGCCCCGCCCAGCUCCCCGAGUCUGAUCAAGUGACCGACCUCCGCUAUAACGUGUCAGCGCAUGCGUUCUGGUCUCAAUCCCACCUCUAGACGCGUCGGGAUGACGUACAGCAGUGCCGGGCAGUGAUGUGGAGCAGUGACAGGAGUAGUGCCGGCACUGAGCUUUCCUAUGGCUGCUGACUAUGUACAGUUCUGAAUCAACAACCAUGAAAAUUUCCAAGAUUCCUUUCCUCCUAUUUGUUGCUUUCUGCGUCAUGCUCUAUGUCAGCUACCUCCGAUGGAAUCCUAAUACAGAAGUGGAGAAGUCUUUGCCUAACCUGAAGACUGCAGAUGGAAGCGGGAGAAUAGCAGGUGCAAACGAAAACUUCUACGGUAUUAUGUUUGAUGCUGGGAGCACCGGCACACGAGUGCAUGUCUACAAGUUCAGCCAGACAUCCUCUGGAGCGCCCCGCCUGGAACAUGAACUAUUCAAGGCUAUAAAACCCGGACUGUCUGCAUACGCAGAUGAGCCACAUAAGUGUUCUGCAGGAAUACAAGAGCUGCUAGAUAUUGCAAUUGAAGAAAUACCUGAACACCUCAGGAGCUCUACUCCUCUUAUCCUCAAAGCUACAGCUGGAUUACGCCUCUUACCAGAAGAGAAAGCGCAGAGGCUACUUGACACGAUAAAGGACAUUUUUCAGUCUUCUCCGUUCCUUGUUGGAAAAGAAAGUGUCUCAAUUAUGGAUGGUACAGAUGAAGGAAUAUUUGCUUGGAUCACUGUUAACUUUCUAACAGGAAAUUUAACAAAGACAUCUGCAAAGUUGGCUGGAAUGUUGGAUCUUGGUGGUGGAUCAACACAAAUUACCUUUUAUCCAUAUGAGAAGACCACGUUUACCAGUGCACCAGCUGGAUAUAUCACCAACUUUCAGCUGUUUAACCGCACAUUCCACCUCUAUUCACACAGUUACCUUGGACUUGGAUUAAUGUCAGCCAGACUGCAAAUCAUGGGAGGCGUGGAAGGAAAACCAUUGCCACCAGAUGACGAGUUGGUAACACCUUGUAUAACACCAGGAUUUGUCACUGAUUUUAAACAUGCGGGAAUAACUUACAAAGUUAAGGGACAGAGUGAUGUGAAAUCUUUAUAUGAAUCGUGCUAUAAAAGUGUAGCACAGAAGCUAGCUGGCAAAGUAAACCUUGCUAAAGAAGUGGAGAAUCUCUACUUUUAUGCUUUUUCCUAUUACUUUGACCGAGCUGAGGACACACAGUUAAUAGACCCAAAUGUUGGUGGCUUUUUAAAAGUGAGCGAUUUUGAGAUGGCGGCCAUGAAAGAAUGUGCAAGAAUACAAAAGGCAGAAGGCAGAAAACCUUACCUCUGCAUGGACCUUACAUAUAUUACCCACCUUCUUCAGGAUCUUGGUUUUUCAAAAGACAAACCCUUGAAGCUUGUUAAGAAGAUCAAUGAUGUAGAAACUAGCUGGGCGCUCGGUGCUACAUUUUAUUACAUGGAUGUGAUGAAGAACAGCAUCUAGAACAACUGGAUUAAUGUGAUAAACUAUGGGGAAGGGGCACAAUACUUGAACACUUUCUGAUGUUUUCAGACACCUUGCCAUAAUAUGUGCCAUAAAACCCAGUGCUGGGGUUGAUGAUUUUAUUUUGACUAAUGUUGAUUGAAAACUUACAGGCUUUGGAUACUUUUGUACUGAUUAUUUUUUAUUUUUUUUAAUUGUUCAAAAAUGAAGGAACUUUGUAAAUAGUCGUUACUACAUAUUUCUUACCAUUUAGCUGCUCAUAAGAAAAAUACAAGAUAUAUCUGGCUUUUUGCUCUCUCUCUGUUAAAGAGAAUAGCAGGAGAGGAGGUUAAAAACUGGCUCAGAUAGUAGACUGGGGGAGUAAAUGGUUUUUGGGGGAUUUAAAAAAAAAAAAAAAAAAAAAAAAAAAAAAAAAAUUUUUUUUUUUUUUUUGCCCCGUGAUCAAUACAAAGCAAGAAUAAAAAAAUGCUUUGCAAAGGUGUCCAUAGCCUUUAAGGCCUCUAGAUUUUUACUGAGAUUUACUUAAUGUGAUAAGUCCUGUUCUAACUUGAUUUUUGUUAUUUUCUCAAACACAGUUCUACUCCUCUAAUUGCACUGUUAAGAGUUUAAAAGGGUUGUCUGACCCCACAAAAUUCAAAAUUCUUGUCAAUGGAAUCAGGCUGGCAUAAAAAGGAAAAAAAGUUGUACUCAUUUGCCCUUAUCCCUUGCCAUGUCCCUCUUGACAGUGCCUGGUGCCAGCUAGGCAGUGAUUCCUGCAUUUGUUUUACGUGGCGGCUCACCACUAUAGGAUGGAUGUAGCAGGGCAUCUGUCCUUGGAGUAUAACUUUUUUUCCUCAUUUUUAUGCCAGCCUAAGCCCAUGGACAACUUGUGGAGCCAUACAACCCCUUUCAUUCUGUUAAAAGUGGCCAGGCUGGGAUAAAAGAAACAUUAAAAAAAAAAAAAAAAAAAAAGUCCUCUUCCAGUGCUCCAAUAAUAUGUGGUCCUUGCCGCUCACUACUUUUUUUUUAUUUUUUUAUUUUUUAUUUUUUUCUGGUCUGUGUUAAUACAAGGAAGUGUCCGCUGAGCCAGCCACAGCAGUAACCAAGCUCAGCCAGUCAUUGCCUGGGUGGGCACUUCCUUGUGUUGAGACAGAAAUCAAAAUAUAGAGCAGCGGGUACUGGGCACAGUCUGAAGCGCAAUGGCGAGGGAUUGAAAAGGUAAUUACAGCUUUUCACUUUGUUCUCCUAGUCUGGACACUUAGAAUUAAAACAUCGUACAUACCCCUUAAUAUUAUUCGGGGAUACUUUAGAAUUCGCUACGGUUUGUCAUACUGGCCAUGACGUCCUUAAGAUUGUAAGGACAUUAGUGUGAACAGAGCCAAAUCCGUCCUUUUACAUCAGUUCCGAUUUGCAGUAAACAGGGAAGAAUAUACUUGAUCUACAGAGAGAAAUGUUGUGUGUCCAACCACUGCGGAAGAUUCUAGGGUGCUCGUUUCUUAAAUGAAGAAACGCAGGUACUUGGGAUCUUGUGUUGGUCAUUUUGUCCAUUUCAGUUGUCUAUGUUUUGAAUUCUUUGAUAAUGCAGCAGAUAUUAAGGAAUCCUUUAGAGAACACACAUACCCCAGUUAAAUCCAUUCAAUUGCAAAGCAUGACUUUACCAAAGAUUUGGAAAAUGUACCAUGCACGGACUAUGGACAGUUUACAUUGUGACCACCCAAAGCUUUAAUGACAUUCAGAAAUCUGAUGGGGCAAAAGAAAAACUAUUAAAGUGGUUAUAUGGCACUCAUUUUUUUUAUUUUUAAUCCUGCCAUGUCUGCCGGCAUUUGGGAUACUAGUCCUCCAGUAUCUCUUCCCCCCCCCCCCCCCCCCCCAACCAGUGCUCUUCACGCCGCAGUUGUCACUUAAACCCACCUUUUCAUUGCAUAAGUCUAUGGAGUAAAAAAGGUCUGACGGAGCAGCCAGCCGGGGAGUGAAGAGUGCUGACACAUACUUCACGGUGAGACCCCGUGCAACCUAAACUUUUGAAAUGUCGAGGCAACAAAUGUUGAUUCAAACAACUUAAUUCGCACCCUCCUUUUACAAUAGACUUUCUUAAAUUGCAGAAUAAAAUGGAGUAUGUUUAUCUACUAAAAAAGCCCCAAUCCUUAAAAAAGAUCAGUCUAUAUAUGGUCCCUGUUCAGGUCAAUAGGCACCAUAUCCAGCUUAAAAUAAAUGGCCCCCCCUUGUGUUUGUUGCAAGUAGCAAUAUGGGAGAGAGCAUAGUAAUGUUCUGAUUCAAAGAAACCAAGCACAGCCUUAGUGGUGGUACAAAAAGAUUGUAGGUCACAGAGAGUGAUUGGGUAAUGUACUUUUGAUACUAAUAAAGUAAUCCCCAUCCACUUUUAAUAGCUCUUGUUAAAAUGGGUUAAAGCCCAGCAAUGAUUGUCACUGACCUCCUCCUACCUCCCAGGGCUUCUACUGCAUCUCUGGAUUCCUUGCUGACAGUCACAGUUUUGCUUUCUCAUGGGCAGGUUUAUCAUGAAUACCUUCACUGUCCUUUCUAAUGGGUACAAUGUUUUCCAGCACACUCGUGAAAGAGAUUGUAAAAGUCUAUUUAACUUAUUAACCUGUUAUUACAAGCAUAUUUUUUUUGUAGAUAUGUAAAUGUGCUAUUUAAUAAAGAUGUAGUUUUAUAA